AUGAGCAAAAGAUCCGUCUUCCUGACGGCCCUUAUUGCCCUCCUGUCCCUGUCGUCACUCGCAAAAUCCUCAUCAACUUGUGGACCUGCGCCUUCAGGGGUCAUCAAGCCCUCUGUCGCGUCUGGCUUUCAUGUGCAAGUUGUCGCAACUGGCUUGUCUAAACCCCGAGGCCUUCUCCUUGACAAUGCCGGGAAUUUGUUGGUGGUGGAACAAGGAAGAGGCGUAGUCUCCGCUCAUACGCUGAAUGAGAAUAGUGGCUGCAUGUCCGUAAGAUCAUCUGUUGAUUUGACUUCCAGGUUGGAUCUCAAUCACGGCAUCGAAAUGUCCGACGAUGGUGGAACGCUAUAUGCGUCGUCGGCUGGAGCUGUCUACUCUUGGAGCUAUGAUGCGUCGGCUCGAACAGUAUCGAAUCAGGCACAAAUUGUGGCCAACAUGACAACUAGUGACCACACGACGAGAACUCUACUUCUGUCUCGGAAGGCGCCUGGAAUGCUUGUGGUGACGAGGGGUAGCACUUCCAAUAUCGAUAUUGACGCUGCCAGCUUGGAAUCUGGUCACUCGCAGGUCAAAGCCUUCAACUUGACGAAUCGUACUGGGGUGUACGAUUUCGAUGUCGAUGGACUUCGUCUUGGUUGGGGUUUGAGGAAUGAUGUCGGGGUUGCAGAGCAUCCUGAAAGCGGCGGCAUUUACACCGUUGAAAACUCGGCCGAUGAAUUGACACGGAUGGGAGUCGAUAUCCACGAGGAUAACCCUGCGGAAGAAUUGAACUUCCUUGGCUAUCUUGACGGAAAGGAAUACGCUCCUCAAGGAGGGAAUUUUGGCUAUCCAUGGUGUUUCUCUGCAUGGGGAGUCGACGAACUCCCUGACAACGGCAACCUGACCGUCGGUAGCCAGUAUGCGGUCGAUGCAUCUCCAGCUUCGCACAACAAGAACCAAACAGAUACGUAUUGUGCUCAACAAGAGCCGGCUCGCCUGGUUUUCCAGGCACAUAUGGCACCUCUCGAUAUCAAGUUCAACAACAGUGGUACCGAGGCAUGGAUAACCUUCCACGGUAGCUGGGAUCGGACGCUACCCGUAGGGUACAUGGUAUCAGUGGUGGCAUUUGACCGUAAUGGAGAACCCGAGGACUCUCUUGACAGUAAGGAUGCAGCACGAGAUGUGUUGACCAACCAGGACAAUUCGAAGUGCCCCCACAGUUGUUUUCGGCCUGCUGGAAUGGCUUUCGAUUCGCACGGACGAUUGUACGUCUCCUCAGAUGCUUCCGGCGAAAUAUAUUUAAUCACACGAGCCUCAGGUGCGAAAAUCCCUGGGCCAACACCAACAUCAUCCUCGACAAGUACGUCAACGGCUACAAACAUAGCAGGCAGCAUCGGACCUGCAUGGGCUUCAGGAGCUAGCCGGUUGUCCUUUGUUUCGAUGUUGCUGGCGCUGGUUUUGUAA